AUUGUCUUGUUUAUUUAUUUGUCUUAGAAUAUAUUAGAUUUAUAACAAAGCUUCUAACCACCAUGGAAGAGAUAAUUAAUGAAGUUAUUGCAACACAAGAUAUUAUGAAAUUUGAAAGAAAAUACAAAAAAGAAGAAGCUAUUGGAAAAGUAGAAGCAACAACUCAGUUUGAAUACGCCUGGUGUCUUGUACGUAGUCAAUAUAAAAAUGACUGGAAAAAGGGAGUUGUAUUAUUGGAAGAACUUUAUCAUACUGGAGAUAAUCACGCUAAAAGAGAUUAUAUAUUUUACAUUUCUAUUGCACAUUACAAGCUAAAAAACUAUGAGCAAGCUCUCAAGUUCUGUAAAGCCAUAUUACAUGUUGAACCACAGAAUCACCAAGCAAAACAACUUGAAGAAUUGAUAAAGAAAACAGAAAAGAAAGAAGCUAUGGCUGGAAUGGCUAUUGUAGGUGGUGCAGGUCUUGUUGUUGGAGUGGGUGUAGCUGCUCUAGGUGUUUUGGCCGCUGUUCUUGCAUCAAGGUCGAAAUAAUGUGUUUUGUGACUGUCAAUGAUUUAAUUACUUCAGAUCUUAUUAUGAUAUACAUUUGUAAGCUUAUGAGUGGUUACUGUACCUCACUGUGGCCAUUUAAAUAUACAAUUACUAGGUAUGAUUCACAAAAGUAUGUAUUUUUGGUUUCACUAACCAGAAUCUUGCCUCCCAAAAUACAAAUAGUGAGAAGCAAUUAAAGUAUUGUAUGUUUAAUCUACUAUUGCAAACUAUUAUUCGUCAAAUCUAUAUGUACAGUUCUGUGUAAAAAUUAUGGAAAUCCUGCUA